AUGGCAUCACCAAUUGAGGAGCACAUAUGGGCAUACCAGAUAACACCCAAACAGGUCCUAAAUAAUUCUCCAUACAAGCUGGUCUACGACAAAGACACAUUAUUCCUCAUGCCUCUGGAAAUCCUUGCCUUACAAUUACUCAAAUCUAUCGAGGUGGCAGAAAAUGGUCCAAUGGAGGUGAGAUUGGCAGAAAUUAUGGAACUAGAGGAAGCAAGGGAAGCAACAUUUUCGUCCCUUCAAAACUGUCAGCAAACCAUCAAGAGGUGGUUUGAUAAUAAGAAAAGUUCUGACCCGGGAUUCAAACAAGGUAACCUUAUUUUGAAAUACAAUGAAAGGGUAGCCUAG